UCCAAAAUCUGCAAAAAUUACCCCAAGACCUCCAAUCCUCGGCAAUGAAGAUGCCUCCUCCCUUUUCUGCGUCGAAGACUCAAUACUUGUUCCACGACGAGUCAUCGGAAAACUCUAAAAAGAGUUUGGUCUCCACAACUCUUUCUUUGUCGUCUUGUGAAAACCCUAAUAAGAGGAAGAUGAACUCUGACGAAGUUCUCAAUAUUUCUUGCAUACCAAGAGACUACAAAUUAACACAAGUAGAAAGAAAGAUUGCACGAAUGAGGAAUCUCUCGUAUCAAGAAAAGGCAGAGGACGAAUGGUACGGUGUCUCAACAGAACUAACACUCUUCAAGGAUCCGUGGAUCAUCAAAAAGGUUUUUCACUUUGCUUCAGUCUUGGAUAUGGCUCCCAACUCAGUCUCAAAUACUCAUUGCUUGUUGGACACGGAGUCACCAGAAAACGCUGAAGAGAGUUUGGUCUCCCUGGAUCUGUGUUUCUAUGACAAAACAUGGCCACAUGAUCCCAAUGUUGCUUACAAUAAACCAACGUCCGAAGAAGCAAUAAACCUGGCGUGGAUGAGGACUAUGUCGAAGAGAGCAAGAAAAGAAGAGGAGAAGUACUACGUCUCGACAGAACUAACUCUCCUCACCGUCGCUGACCCAUGGACCUUGAAGAUGGCAAUGACCAAAAGCAGUAUUGGCAACCUAUACCGUCUUGUUCUAAAGGCGAGCUUUGUAGACAUCCACAUUCUGAGAUAUCUCCCUUUGGAUGAUCAAAUGAUGGUCAAAGAAGACUCUGGAUUAGCAGUCGAGGUGUAUGAUCACGACACUGACUCUGUGCACAAUCUGGCUCUUAAGAAAUGGGCCAAAUCUUCAAGCUUUGUUCUCGUCAGCGGAUGGCGUAAGUGCUUUGUCGACAGAAGAGGUUUGCAGGUUGGCGAUGUGAUUGGAAUGUAUUGGGAUCGUUCUGAAUCUAAGCUUCAUUUUUGUGUGCUUUCUCGUUCCGAAACAAUGGAUUCAGCUCCUCUUCCUCCAAGUCCAUAGGACCUCACUAGCUAUGGAGGCUCUGCAGAGAGAUUCUUAUUUUCUUUAUGUAAUCGUCAAACAAGUGAUUGGUGUUGUUUCUGUUUUUUUGUUGUUGUCUCGGUGUUUUGGUUUCAUGUGUUUUUGUUUUUUAAGUAUACCGGUGUUGUUUUUUAUGGUUUCAUGUGGUUUUUAUAUGUUUUAAGUGUUAAUAAAGAAUCCUGCUCUCAUUAU